AUGAAAAGACAAGUUAUAAAUAUCAAUGAAGUCAUGAAAAGACAAGUUAUAAAUAUCAAUGAAGUCAUGAAAAGACAAGUUAUAAAUAUCAAUGAAGUCAUGAAAAGACAAGUUAUAAAUAUCAGUGAAGUCAUGAAAAGACAAGUUAUAGAUGUCAAUGAAGUCAUGAAAAGACAAGUUAUAAAUAUCAGUGAAGUCAUGAAAAGACAAGUUAUAAAUAUCAAUGAAGUCAUGAAAAGACAAGUUAUAAAUAUCAAUGAAGUCAUGAAAAGACAAGUUAUAAAUAUCAGUGAAGUCAUGAAAAGACAAGUUAUAGAUAUCAAUGAAGUCAUGAAAAGACAAGUUAUAAAUAUCAGUGAAGUCAUGAAAAGACAAGUUAUAGAUAUCAAUGAAGUCAUGAAAAGACAAGUUAUAAAUAUCAGUGAAGUCAUGAAAAGACAAGUUAUAGAUAUCAAUGAAGUCAUGAAAAGACAAGUUAUAAAUAUCAAUAAAGUCAUGAAAAGAUAA